CACAGGUAAAGGGAGGGAGACCGAGAGGAAUACUUGCAGAGCCAGCAGGAAGCCAGGCAGCUCCUUCCCGUGUGCCGGGGACCCUCUGCCUCUCUCCAGAUGGAAAGGUGACACGACCUUGCAGUAGACCCCCAAAGUGCUCCAGGAUGACAGAACCGGAGACCCUGGCCCUGAUGGAAGUGAAGGCGCCUGAGGCUUUGGAGAAGAGCCCACCCCAGGCCUUGGUCCCCAAUGGCCGGAAGCCAGAAGGAGAAGGUGGGGCUGAGUCUCUCGGAGCUGAGUCCUCCAAAGUAGGGUCUUCAGCUGGGUCUCCCAUAGCUGGAGAGGGGACUGAGGAUGGUCUAGACAGCACAGUAAGUGAGGCUGCCACCUUGCCCUGGGGGACUGGCCCCCAGCCCAGUGCCCCAUUCCCAGAUCCCCCCGGCUGGAGGGACAUUGAGCCUGAGCCCCUGGAGUCACAGCCACCCACCAAGCUAGAGGAGUCGCCUGAAGAUGAUGCCAGCCUGCUGCCUGAGAAGGCGGCCCGGGCCUUCGUGCCCAUUGACCUACAGUGCAUUGAGCGGCGGCCGCAGGAGGACCUCGUUGUGCGCUGUGAGGCGAGCGAGGGCGAGCGCCGCCGGGCCUUCCUGUCUCCCCGGGCCACCCACCCUGCGCCCCCAGAGUGCAAGUGGGCCGAGGCAGUGGUGAGGCCGCCUGGCCGCUCCUGUGGGGGCUGCAGGGGCUGUGGAGGCCGUGAGGGGCUGAGGGCCGUGGCCUCAGUGGGAGCCGCCCUCGUCCUCUUCCCCUGCCUGCUGUACGGGGCAUAUGCCUUCCUGCCCUUCGAUGCCCCACGACUGCCCACCAUGAGUUCCCGCCUCGUCUACACGCUGCGCUGCGGGGUCUUUGCCACCUUCCCCAUUGUGCUGGGGAUCCUGGUGCAUGGGCUGAGCCUGCUGUGUUUUUCUGCCUUACGGCCCUUUGGGGAGCCACGGCGGGAGGUGGAGCUCCACCGGCGAUAUGUGGCCCAGUCAGUCCAGCUCUUCAUCCUCUACUUCUUUAACCUGGCUGUGCUUUCCACCUACCUGCCCCAAGACACCCUCAAACUGCUCCCUCUGCUCACUGGUCUCUUUGCCAUCUCCCGGCUUAUAUACUGGCUGACCCUCGCCGUGGGCCGUUCCUUCCGAGGCUUUGGCUACGGCCUGACGUUCCUGCCCCUGCUGUCCAUGCUGGUGUGGAACCUUUACUACAUGUUCGUGGUGGAGCCCGAACGCAUGCUCACCGCCUCCGAGAGCCGCCUUGACUACCCCGACCACGCCCGCUCGGCCUCGGAUCACAGGCCCCGCCCCUGGGGCUGAGCAGCUCCGCCCCCUUACCCCCAGCCCAGGUACCUGGAUGGGAUGAACCCAGCGACUGCCCCGACAGGGUUCCCAUCCAAUUACAGCCUGGACUGUCCCCGGCUCUCCCCCAAGUCGGGGUGCUGCCCUUCACCUUUGGAGCCUGGGACAGUUAUGAGGGAGGGACUUUAGACAUUCUUGUAGGGAAAGAGGCUGACAGCCAUGUUCCUUAAGGAUGCUGAGGGCGUAGGGCCAGGAACAGGAGCAGAGGCAUGGUUCCUUCCUGAGCAGCUUCCCACCACUGCCGCUAGGCCCCAUCACUGCUGGACUCUGUUUCACUCUCCAGCUUCCUGUGAGGCAGUCGGCAGAGCCACAGCCAAAACUCGGACCAUUUCUGUGCCAGCUGUCUAAGCAGAGGGCCUCAAAGAAACUAGAAAUUUUGCCAAUGCCUAAAGGUAAAGACUGCCAUCAGAUCAAAUAGGACUUUCACAGCUGGUGGAAAUCUUCCAGGGGGCCUGGGUUCAGGACCCUCCAUUACUGGCCUCUUAGGCCCUUUAGCCUCAGUCAAGAGGAUUACAGCUGCCCCACUCCACAAUGGCUGCUUCCUUCCUUCCCAUCCUUUAUGUCCCUGUAACCUCCCCCCUCCAAACUGCCCAGAAGUCAUGCCUCUCCCAUGGGAAGAGGAGCGGACAGGGAAACCUGCCUCCCAAGAGGAGUGUAUGUGUGUGUGUGUGUGUGUGUGUGUGUGCCUGUGUAUGCACCCACAUGUGGUGGCUGGGGAAUGGAUGGACGGCACAGUGGCUGAUAUGAAGCCUGUGUGAAUGUGUGUGUAACAAUAAAUGACUAUCACAGUC